GCCUGCCCUGCGUCCAGUAUGGAUGUCCUGGUCCAUAACCAGAUCAACGUCCUGAACGGCACCAUGGUGAGGAUCCAGUGCAUCUUCACCUCCUGCUACAAGAUGGAUGUCAACAAGUUUGCCAUGAACUGGACCUACCAGGAGAACACCAACGAGACUGAGGAGAUGGUGAGAAACCAGACUGUGUGUUUGCCCUUGUCUUGUGUCAAUGUCAGGCCGAUGCAUGGUGUCCAUUUUAGGACACCCUCAGUCUCAGAUUGACUCAAGGAAGGUGAGGACUGACUCAAGGAGGGGUAAAAUGUAAGGCUAAAAUGGACACCAUACCCCUGGCUCUUUCUUCACUCUGUCAUGAUAUACAGUCCAAUUCAUCUUAUUGUUUCUUUUGCGUACUCCAUCCUCCUUACGUUUCCUGUGUCAACUCCCUCUCUAUCUACUUUUUUAAAAGCCAUGCUUUCUCCAACUAUUUCAAUGUGUUUCAUUUUAUUUUAUUUAUUUAGCCAGGAUAGUCUACAGGUGUAGGAUCUUAAUUUGACCAGUAUUGUCGUAGCAAAAUAAUCCUGCCGCAACAGGAUUUGAACGUUUAGUCCAUUAUGUUGAUUUCAUCAGUGGUUAGGCUAUGAGCUGGACAAAAGUAGGCUACAUUACAUGAAAAGUGCAGUACUGUUAAUAUAACCGUGUGUUACUGUGGGUUUUCAGUGAAUGUAUGUAAAUCACGAAGCGCAUCUGCCUUUCCAGCUGUGCAGGAAAAUUCUCAGUAAUAAAAGAGUGAUCAAAUUAAGAUCCUACAUCUGUACUCAGUAACAAUUGCCACUGUUUUCCAGAGAGUCCUGGGUUCAAUAAAAACUACAUGUUUCCUGUCUAUCUUUCUGCUAAUCCCCCUCUUCCUCCCCCUCUCUCCUCCAGUUCAUGACCUAUAAGAAGGGGAUGAUGCCCCUGCGGACAGACCGGUUCAGUGACCGGGUGCAGUUUGUGGGUAACCUGGAAAAGAACGACUUGUCCAUCACCCUCUCUGAUGUCCAGCUGUCGGACGAGGGCGUCUAUAACUGCUAUGUCCGCAACCCCCCUGACCGGAUCCAGGGCCACGGAAUCAUCAACAUGUUUGUCGUCACAGAACGUAAGAGCAGGGGGCAAGAAGAGCAAGUUACUUCGCCUGAAAAAUACAUGAUCUAACUGAUUAAUAGUUGGUAUUCAGCAGUCAUGAAAGUAUGCCUUAUUUAUUUGAAGAACUACUAAAAUUGUGAUUUUGGCAGACCUCAUAGGCAGCAGCUCUAUAGAGAUGAGACCAUGACUUGGAAUGAAAUAAUAAAGUCAUCAAAUAAAACAAAUAUUUUAUUAAAGUAAAGUAAUGUGAAUAAAUUAUGGUUAAUAAGUGAUAAGCAGUAAUGGGCAGUCACUACCAUCAUGGGACUUGUAUUAAUUAUUUUAUUCAGUGUUGUUACAGCAUUCAACCCACAUAAAGCAUAGUGUGUUUAAUGUAAAAAUAAAUAUCGAAACCUAAAUUGAAAAACGUGAUUUAAAAAAUAAUAGAACUUAAACCGAACCGACCUCAAAAAGCACUAAUCGCUCAGCUCUAAUCUGUGGUCAACUGGUCCAUCCAUCCAUCCAUACCAGCCCAUCCCCUGCAUGCAAUUAAUUAAUGUGCCCUGGCCUUGCCAUUCAUCCAUUUAUCAAUCCAUUCACUCAUCAAUCCAUCCCUUCAUCCUUCAGUUCCUCAUCUGGUUGUGUGUCUGUUCUCCCUUGGUCUCAAUCUCAACCUUCCUUCAGCCCAGGACGUGAUGACUCAACACUACACAGCUUUUUACUUAUUGAUGGGCGUGCCAACCCAGCUCACCUCAGAAUCAUUGCCUCUCACAAAUGCUGGUCUCACACAUACACACUUUUACACACACACACACACACACACACACACACACACACACACACACACACACACACACACAUACAUACAUACAUACAUACAUACAUUCAAACAUAAAAGGCUAUUUCAGCAAUGCUAUCCUGGUUUUUCAUAUCCUCCCACUGUGGUUUACAUUUUCAUUUACAUUUACGUAAUUUAGCAGACGCUUUUAUCCAGAGCGACUUACAAAUUAAUCAGCACUUUGUCAACUAUACACUAUCUACAGAACUUAUAUUGAUCCUUCUGGUUUUUCUCUCACCUCCUUCUCCUUUACUCCUCUUCCCUCCUACUCUCCCCCUCCACAGUGCCUCCCCCGCGGGACUCGACCAUAGCGGUGGCGAUCGGGGCGUCAGUCGGCGGUGCGCUGGCUGUACUCAUCCUGUCCAUGGUGGUGGUGAAGUGUAUACGGCGCCACAAGAAACAGGAGCUCAUCUCUGACGAGCAGAAGAUGGAAGAAGAGGGCAAGCUGGAUGCAGAGGGGGGCACCGAGGAGGGAACCAAGUGAGAACCCCCCUUUGUUUUGACUUUCUCUUUAAGUCAUGUCUUCUUCUUUAGCCAUCCUCCUCUAAACAUAUAUCUCUUCCUCGAUACCUCUACAGACGUAGGAUCUUAAUUUGAGCCAAUUUGCUACAGCAGGAAAAUAAUCCUGCAGCAACAGGAAAUGUGAAUUAUUAUGUGUAUUAUAAUUAAUGGAAAUGUUUCUGGGGUUUUAUAUAUUUGUAAGGGAAAAUCAAGUCUGACAUUUCUAAGUGGAAAUUACAAACUUCAGAAACCUUUUUAAACCUCAAAUAGAGUACUAGUGUACCAAGAUCCUACAUCUGUAUAUUGCUUUACUCUAUGACUCCUUCUCAAGGUUGUGAAAUGAUAAUAAUGUGUCCCCUGAUUAAUUAACACUAUCCUCCUCUUUCUUUUCUCUUUGCUGUUUGUCCUCUCUCUCUCUCUCUCUCUCUCUCUCUCUCUCUCUCUCUCUCUCUCUCUCUCUCUCUCUCUCUCUCUCUCUCUCUCUCUCUCUCUCUCUCUCUCUCUCUCUCUCUCUCUCUCUCUCUCUCUCGUCUUCUGUCAUCUACUUGAAGCAAUGCUCUUGAGGCAAAACCGGAGAGUCUUAAAAUCUACUUCAAUUAUCUUUCUCUUUCAGCUGUACAUACUGUAGUAUGUGCACUGAUGGGGUGGUCCGUCAUUUAUACCUAACAAGUCACAACAUUUUGGAAUAACCCCAAAACGUCACAAAAUAUACAUGUUAUGGAAACACAUGCCAGAAAGAUGUCCGGUGUAAAGUAUAAGUGGAUUCAUACAUUUCUCUUAAAACCACCCUGAACAAAGCUGACAAAUAUCUCCUCUUCCCCUUCUUUUAUUCUUCUUGUUUUAUUUGCGUGUUGAAUGUGUGUUCCUGCGGGUAUGUGUGUUUGCGUUUUUAUGUGUGUUCUUGUGUGUGUGUGUGUGUGUGUAUGUGUAUGUGUGUAUAUUGCCAUGAGCCAGGCAGCUAUAACCGGCCUGCAUGGUCCUGGAGGCCCAAGGUUCGCGGGAGCCCCACCCCCUCCCUCACGCUGGUAACAAUCUGUGAUUGGUGUUUUGUGCUGGUCAUGUGACCCCAGUUAGCCAAGAAGAAGUGGCCACUUAUGGCCUUCUUCCCCAAACCUUGCUCUUCAUCCCUCUCUCUCGUUACCAUGGUGAUGGAAACUUCCAAUUCUGUUUGAUAUUUAACUAUGAGGCUCUGUCCUGACAAUCUCAAAAUAAUAGUCUGUCCUUGGCUCAUUUCCUGUAUGACCACUGAUGUGAAAGGACGAUAGAUUAAAACAAUGUGCUGUCGUCUCAUGUAUCAGUGGUCAUGAAGGACAGGAGACAUGGAAAGGACUGUUGAGAAACAGGCUCACUCUCAACCUCUGUCCUGAUCUCAUCCAGUAGAAUGGUCAAUCUUAUCCAACCUUUCCCCCUCUGGUCUGCUCUCUCUUCUACCUUCAACCUCUACCUGAUUGUCUCUCUUCCAGGACUUAA